ACUACUGUUUCCACUGCUUUGGAUUGUACUCCUAUCAUUCCCCAUUGCUGCAUCUGCAGCUUGUAUCCAUGGUUUUGAGAUCACGCACAGGGAUGGGUUAAAGUAGUGGAAGGCUGUUGGAUUCUAGUGGAGUUGCUGACUUCUUAGUUACAGACUGCACAGCAAUCAGAUAACGCUGGAUUUUGCAGGACUUUGAUGGAAUAAACUGGCUUCAGAACAGGUAUCUAUUCCCUCAUGAAAGGAACUGAAGCUUUUACAGCCCUGGCACACCAUUUGUGUGUGUCCGGUGUAUGAUACUCCCAAUCACACACAAGAUCGGAAGCUGUUCAGCUUUAUAAUAAGAAGUACCUCAUGAUAAAACGAGUCAUGGGCAGCAUCCGUGUAAACAGGUACAGCAUUGUUUCCACUGAAGAGGAUGGGCACAAAGUCUCCUCCCUUGGCAGCCUUAAUGAGCACAGUCGUAAUGGGAAAGGUCAUGCCCCUCGACGGAAACGACGUAACCGUUUUGUCAAAAAGAAUGGCCAGUGCAAUGUCUACUUUGCCAACCUAAGCAACAAAUCUCAACGUUAUAUGGCUGACAUCUUCACUACUUGUGUGGACACUCGUUGGCGCUACAUGCUCAUGAUAUUUUCAGCAGCCUUCUUGGUCUCAUGGCUCUUCUUCGGUCUGCUGUUUUGGAUCAUUGCCUUCUUCCAUGGUGACUUAGAUGUCCCAGUUGUAGGAAGUGGUUCCGUUGCUACAAAAUUCUGCAUCAAACAUGUCAAUGGGUUCUUGGGAGCUUUCCUCUUCUCAGUGGAGACCCAGACAACCAUUGGUUAUGGUUUUAGAUAUGUGACUGAGGAAUGCCCACUAGCGAUCAUGGUGGUUGUGGUUCAAUCCAUUGUAGGCUGUGUUAUUGAUUCUUUCAUGAUUGGCACCAUCAUGGCAAAAAUGGCACGCCCCAAGAAAAGGGCCCAAACCCUACUCUUCAGCCAUCAUGCUGUCAUCUCUCUGCGGGAUGGCAAACUCUGCCUCAUGUGGCGGGUGGGGAAUCUAAGGAGGAGCCAUAUUGUGGAAGCUCAUGUUCGGGCCCAGCUUAUAAAACCCUAUAUGACAGCAGAAGGUGAGUAUCUUCCAUUAGACCAGAGAGAUCUAAAUGUGGGCUAUGACAUCGGCCUUGAUCGUAUCUUCUUAGUGUCUCCCAUUAUUAUUGUUCAUGAGAUCGAUGAAGAAAGUCCACUCUAUGGGAUGGGCAAGGAAGAACUGGAGAGAGAGGACUUUGAGAUUGUUGUUAUCCUUGAGGGUAUGGUGGAAGCAACAGCCAUGACCACUCAGGCUCGUAGCUCCUAUUUGGCUAGUGAGAUCCUUUGGGGCCAUCGUUUUGAGCCUGUUGUCUUUGAGGAGAAGAAACAUUAUAAGGUGGACUAUUCACGUUUCCACAAGACUUAUGAGGUGGCUGGAACUCCUUACUGUUCUGCUCGGGAAUUGCAGGAGAGUAAAAUUACCAUCCUGCCUUCACCUCCUCCACCUCCUAGUGCCUUCUGCUAUGAGAAUGAAUUGGCUCUUGUCAGCCAGGAUGAAGAUGAGGAGGAUGACUUGGAUGUUGGAGUAGAUUUGGGAGGAGGUCCAAAGGAUGAUGCAGGAGUCAUACCAAUGAUGGAGUUUGGGAGCCAUAUGGAUCUGGAUCGAUUGCAAGUCUCUAUUCCUCUGGAUACACUCUCAUACCGUAGGGAAUCAGCCAUCUGAACUGCCAUCUUGAUUUUCAUCCCACUUAUAUUCCCUAAAUGUUUCCUUACUGCUCUAGCAUAAGCUUUUGGUUGGAAAAACCCUACUGUACUUCUACCAACUAUUGAAUAUAUAUAGACAUGACACUUGCCUGGUGUUGGACAAUCCAAGCUUCCUGCCAUGCAGUUAUCAAUUGGUUUUAAAUAUCCUGAAUUUAGAACACAACCAAGGUCAUUUCUCCUCAUUUUCACACUUCUCUUUUCUGUGGCUUAAAACUGUGACAAAGCAGCAACAGAUGUAACACACUAAGAUAAGAUGGGACAAGUUUUGCUAAACUGCCAGCAGUAGCAGAGAGACCAAUAAUGUUGCUGCAGGACAAGGAAGCUGCAAUAUUAGCAAGCUGAAUGCAACUGGUUUUCUCAGUGUCAUAGAGAGAUCUGGCAGUGGCAAUAUAAUUUGCAUGUAUAUUAUUUGUUGCAUACAAACUCUUCAGGAGAAAAUAGCUCUAGCUUUUUCUCCAUCUUCAAACAUGUACAGUUAAUCUCAGUUUCAUCCUGGUUCUUGGUAUCCAUGACUCCCUAAGUAAGUUAAUACCAAGUGUUCCACUUAAAAUUUCUGUUUCUUUCCAUAGAAAUGCAAACAGGGCAAAUCAGAAAUAUUUGAAAGAGGAGAUUUUACAACUUGAGUCAGAAUUCAAAUGACUUUUAACUGGUCCUUUCUAAGCAAUGCAAUCUAUAUGCCCACUUCACCUUCCAAUGUUCUCCUCUGAAAAAUUG